GUCGCGGCGUAUUGUGGUGGGGGUGGGGGGUGGGAAGCUGGAUGAGGAGGGCGGAGGGGAGCCCGCCUCAAGGCGAGCGCCCGCCGCGCCGCCGCGCUGACCGCCGUGUUGUCUGUGUGCGCAGGACUUCGCUCCGGAGCUGACGUCUCGCCGACGCCCACUGCCGUCUCAUCGCUGCCAUGAGGACAACAUUUAUCUGCGCAGGGCUGCUGUGCGCGUGGGCGCUGCUGGCGCCGCGCGCCGCGGGCAAGCCCAAGCCCAUCAUGGUGUGGUCGGGCAAGCUGAGCCCCAUCAUGCCCGCGCUGCCCACGCCGCCGCCGCCCGUGCCCUACCCGCCCGUGCCGCCCGCGCCCGUGUGGGAGGACCCCGAGCCCGGCUUCAACAACCUGCUCACCUACCCGUCGCGCGGCGCCGCCAAGUUUGGCUUCCGCGUCAAGCCGCUCAAGACAUACAUUCCCCAAUUCAGCUACAGCAAGGAAUUCGUCUACCCGUAUUUGUAGUAGCUGGUGGCCGAACAUUGACGAAAGGACUAAAGAGUGAUCAGUGAUAUUCCGCGCAGCGAUAUGCCAAAAAAUAGAUGUCGCUGCUUCCGAGAAUUGUGAAGCACAAAAGCCAUCCUUCAUUCUGCAUUUCAAAGUAGUUAUGGGCAAACAGAAUCUUCGCAAGAGAAGUAUUUUGCGGAACUCCAUGUUGGAACAAGGAGAAGCUUCUAGUGUUUUUUCAUGUGAGAUGUUCAAUGAUUCGUCUCGGAAAAGCUGGUGAGAGACAAGUCAAAAUGAGAAAAAUCCUUUGGAAUCCGAUGGAAAAACACUACUGGCUUGUCGAGUACGUACUUCAUGGGAUCAUUGUAGGUGACUACUCUUCAAUUACUUUGCACUAUUUCGAAACCUUUUUUCCCACCAUUUAUACUUUUGUUAAAAAUAUAUAUGUAAAUGCAAAAAAUAGAUAGGGUAAAACUUUCAACUGCAAGAGUAGUCUCCGUCUAAGAAAUGUCCGUAACGUUAAUUUGAUACAUUCAUUUGUAUAUAUAUUUCCUUUGAUAUUCAUGUCAGAUUCAUGAUUUCUCUAUGGUGUUAUCUGUACUGUUUAAUGUUUGACAACACGUUUCUAAACACAUUGCAUCACAUUGUGUUCGAGAAACAUGAAAUUUAAACAAUGUGUUUAAUAAGUUAGAAGACUAACGCAACUGUAGUUUUGUUUUUAUUUAUCACAUCUUAAUUUGUAAAUACAGUAUAUUUAAAGUUCUGCAAGCGACGAUGCUUGUUACGAUUAGUGUAGUGGAAACUUUUUAAGAAUGAGGUGAAUGUAUUUUUUUAAGAAAAAUUGUUAUUUCAUACAUUUGUAUACUAUUCCUAUGUAAUAAUCGUUGACAAUAAAGGAUUGGGUAUUAUUGUUGUCCACUGAUAAACAAAAUACAAGUGAAAAUGAUAAAUAGAGUAUAAAAGAGUUCAAAAAUGCUUGCUGUUCUCGACGACGUCUGGUGGUAAAUAUGUACGCGAAAUAUUAAGGUGCUGAUCUUUGACAGAGAACAAACAAUGUACACAGUAUGCAAUUUUUAACUUUUAGUCCAUAUUUCACUGUCUGCAAAGAACACGAUUACAGUUUGCUUAGCUUUCCAAUUGGGUCCUCCUACAAAUAACUAGCCUUGCUUGUUAAAGAUGUGUAUUCUCCAUGUAUCCAUGUCACCUUUCAUCAUGAUUAGUUUAAACUACAGAUUUCUUUUCAUACUUUUUACCGACUGCUAUUACCCGUAACUUCAAAGACAAUGCCUCCAAAGAACACUGUCCCUCACGGGGCAGCAAAAGGGUGUCUGCAUUUGUGGGAGGGUAAAAUGUGAAACAAAUAAUUUAUUUCUGAAAAGAAUAGCCAAUCCUCCAUCUAUGAAAACAGCAAAUUCAUUGGCUCUUUGAUUCUCAUUCAACAACCUCUGCAAAAAUAUUCUGCAAUAAUACUGGACAUGGAAACCCCACACCAUCCAUAGGAUGGACUCGUGUUUAAUGUCUCGCUCUCCAAUCAACUCGUAUGAACUACCUGCUGAUUAACAGCAAAUUGGUGUUUCAAACUGAGAGAACCUUCGAUCAUUGUAACACAACCUUAAGACUAUCAUUAAACAUGAUUGAUAUUUAGGAUGGUGCUGUUCAAAGAAACCUUCUUUCUCCGUUGCGAGACUACAAUUUGGGAAAAUCCAAUUUCGGGUUCACAUAGUAAAUCAAAUCCCAUCUACUACAUAAAAUCUACUCAGACCGUAAGUAGCAAUUAAAUAUUAAUUCUAGGAUCACUACUACCCUUAAUUUGAACAAUUAGUAUUUCAAUUCAAC